AUGUCAAAAAUAUUUCUGUUCAAAGUCAUUGGACCUGAUGACAUCGCUGGGUGGGACAAGGUCCAGGAUCUGGCUGGUUUCCUGGUGGGUCUUCGUGAGGCUCCUUACCUCACCGACCUGCAGGUUACAGAGGCCAUCCAGCUGUGGACCGCUCUCCCUGAUGUUGAUAAACAGCGGGUCAACUAUCAGCCUCGACAUCAGCCUCAGCUGACACAUGGGCGCUUUAAGGCACCGAAGCGGUCCGGAGUCACACCGGGUGUGGAGAGUGUGAAACGGUGUCUAAUUGGACAUCCUGGGGGUCCAGCACAGUGGCCCAGCACCAGCCGCUUGGUUGAGGCCAUUUGUAUGAAGCUGUGUGCUUUACACAAGUCACCGACCAAGAAGGCUGGAGUUUCCACCCCCAGGUGGUCUAAAAUCCUUUCGGAUUACCACCACAUCCGAGAGCUGGUGCUUAACAAUCAAAGGCUGAUGGAUGAAACAAUGAUACAACUGUUUGAGCUGAACCAGAGGACACUCAUUCAGUGGUUUCAACGGCAGCAGAAGAAUCAGGAAUUGAGUGUCCUCGUCCAGGGACUGACUCCAUCUGACCCAAUAGAUGUGGCUGAUGUGCAGCUUCCUCUGCCGAGGGAAAAAUUGGAUGACGUGCCAUCAACAUCAGGCCCAAAACAUCAAUUUAUCCUUCCGCCAAAUCGAGAAGGACAGGCUCCAAUUCUGCGACCGGGUCGCCGGCCCGCUGCUGCCAAAAGGGAGUGCCCUAUCGCACCCGUCCCCACAGCAGCAGGAGUUGUGCAGCCCAUUUCAGCACCUGGGUCACUGUUAGGCACACUAGUGCUUAACCCAGACAUGACUGUGUCAAUAGUGAUUCCAUCUGCUGGUGCUUUGACAUCCGGUCCAGGCCCAGCUCCGCCUGCUCCAGUGCCUGCUCCAGUGCCUGCUCCAGUGCCUGCUCCAGUGCCUGCUCAAGUGCCUGCUCCAGUGCCUGCUCCAGUGCCUGCUCCAGAACAGGCGCCGGCGGGCCCUGGAGACGGAAAGCGGAGUCCAUAA